AUGAACGGGUCAGGCGCUUUACGCAUUUGGAACUUUCUCAUAGCCACACCUGAACAAAAACUUAAUGAUGAAGUCAUAAGUGAAAAUGUUCUAAUUCCACUAAAUGACGUAAGAAAAAAAUUGUAUAAUUUGCUUUACCAUGGCUACAUCAAGUGUCAUGAGUGUAACAAUAGUAACGUUAACAAAACCUACAUUAAGCACUCCCUGUCCUUCUCCACCAACAUGUAUUACACAACGAAUAAGAUAAAGGAAAAUUUAUUUACCAUCGCGAAAAAUAUUUACAUAAGGAAACUCCACGAAAAUAAUGAAAUAAAUACGCUCCACAAUAAGUCCAACAUGUGUGCGAACGAGGUGGGCGGUAAAGACCCCCCGGCAGAGCAGCGUACUGUCCAGGGCGCCACCUCCGGACAGAACGCAUCCAUCAAUCAGACCUCCAACACAUCGAGCAAAAGCCAUCAGAAUAAAAAAAAAAUCAGCUUGACGUCGCGCGAGUAUGCCGUGGACUAUCUAGAGAUAAGCUUAAUUAACCUCGACAAGUUAAUUUUUAUAUUUAACUCGUAG